AGGAGGGGAAAACUCUCCGGGAAAUAAUGGAAAGUGGGCGCCAUGAUGAUUGUUUGCUUUUAGAACGGGCUCGCUGGCUUUAUAGGCGAGGGGAAGAAAGGUCUAGAACUUUUGUUAUGUGUUCGCAGGAGAGCAAGAGUGUGAAUGAAGUGUCUAGACAAAUUGAAGUUCAUCUGCUAUCCUUCAGCUGAUUCAUUUAAUGUUGAUAAAUGUAAUGUUUGAAGACUGUUAAUUAAUGAGAUUGGGCUUUGCCCAUCAUAACUGAUAUGCAAAUCCUGGAAUCAUCCUUGCCACUCUUCUGAACAGCCUGAUACAUCAGUGCUCUCUUGAAAGUCAGUGUAACCGGAAUGCCCAAGGAAAAAUAUGAUCCACCUGAUCCACGGAGAAUGUACACAAUUAUGUCUUCAGAAGAAGCAGCAAAUGGGAAGAAAUCAUACUGGGCAGAGUUGGAGAUCAGUGGGAGAGUUAGAAGUUUGAGUUCAUCAUUGUGGUCACUAACACACUUGACUGCAUUGCAUCUUGGUGACAACUCCCUUUCACGUAUUCCUCCUGACAUUGCCAAAUUGCAUAACCUGGUAUAUUUGGACCUAUCGUGCAACAAGAUACGGAGUUUACCGUCAGAGCUUGGAAACAUGGUAUCACUCAGGGAACUGCUUUUGAACAAUAACCUGUUACGGGUUCUACCGUUUGAGCUUGGAAAGUUGUUUCAAUUACAGACCCUGGGUUUGAAAGGAAAUCCUUUGGCACAAGAAAUUCUUAGCCUCUAUCAGGAACCAGAUGGAACUCGUAGGCUACUGAAUUAUCUGCUUGAUAAUUUGGCAGGUACUUCAAAAAGAAUUCAGCCAGAGCAGCCUCCACCAAGGUCAUGGAUUGUCCUACAAGAACCAGAACGAACACAUCCCUCAGCAUUGUUCUCGGUCAUGUGCUACAACGUACUAUGUGACAAAUAUGCCACACGACAGCUGUAUGGGUACUGUCCAUCAUGGGCACUGAAUUGGGAAUAUAGGAAAAAAUCUAUUAUGCAAGAAAUCUUGAACUGCAAUGCGGAUAUCAUAAGUCUUCAGGAAGUUGAAACUGAACAGUACUUCGCUUUUUUCCUGGUUGAACUUAAAGAACAUGGAUAUGAUGGUUUCUUCAGCCCCAAAUCCAGGGCCAGGACAAUGUCCGAAUCUGAUCGGAAGCAUGUAGAUGGCUGUGCAAUAUUCUAUAAGACUGAAAAAUUUUGUCUGAUUCAGAACCACACUGUUGAAUUCAACCAGUUGGCCAUGGCAAACUCAGAUGGCUCAGAAGCUAUGUUGAACAGAGUAAUGACGAAAGACAACAUUGGAGUUGCUGUACUCUUGGAGUUGCAGAAGGAUUCUUUUGAACUAUCCCCUGGCAAGUCAUUUCAUGGUGUGGAAAAGCAGCUCAUUCUUGUUGCAAAUGCACAUAUGCAUUGGGAUCCCGAAUAUUCCGAUGUGAAACUGAUUCAAACCAUGAUGUUCCUGUCUGAGGUGAAGAACAUAAUUGAAAAUGCUUCUCGUACACUUAGACCUGGUGCAGUCACAGGAGACCUUAAUGUCAUUCCUCUUGUACUGUGUGCAGAUCUCAAUUCACUGCCAGAUUCAGGUGUUGUAGAAUACUUGGCCACUGGAGGAGUUGAUACAAACCACAAGGAUUUUAAAGAGCUGAGAUAUAGUGACUGUCUAAUGAAAUUCAGUAAUAUUGGGAAAAAUGGAACUCCAAGUGCAAGGAUCACUCAUGGCUUUAAGCUGAAGAGUGCCUAUGAGAAUGGCCUGAUGCCUUAUACAAAUUAUACCUUUGACUUCAAAGGUAUUAUUGACUACAUCUUCUAUUCGAAGCCUCACAUUAACAUACUUGGUGUUCUUGGACCUUUGGAUCCUAAUUGGCUGAUUGAAAACAGCAUCAGUGGUUGUCCGCAUCCACAUGUCCCAUCUGACCAUUUCUCACUUUUUGCACAACUGGAGCUUCUGCUGCCCUUUGUGUCACCAGUAAAUGGUAUCCAUCUGCCAGGCAGAAGGUAGUUGUGUGUACUCUUUGGAGGGAAGCCUCUUAAACAAUCUUGUAAAAUUGUAAAAUCAAAGUACUGAGGAGUGAAGUAUGGCCAGUAGGAUUGUUGUCUAAAUUAUGUUCUUAAUCAAUUUUUAAAUUUGUUUCUUGGAUAGCUUGUCUAAGUAAUAAACAAUAGUAGUCCGGUGCUAUUUACAGAUAAUGAAAUUCUGAGCCCUGUUUCCUACUUUGUAUACAGUAGACAAAUACUGAAAAUGGGUUUCUUUACAAAGCUUCUACUGCUUUUUGCUUCUGCAUUUUUGGUGUAAAAUGAAGCAAAAUCUCCAGUCACUAUACAAAAGUUAUACAGUUGAUUCCUAUUAGAUUGGGUGGGGAGGAGGCAAUUUGCUGCAAUGUUUUAUUUACGUAGGAAUGUUCACAGAACAGAAACUCACAACUUAAAAUGCAACUGUGCACUUUGAAAUCCAACUAAGUGAAUGAAACAUUUUACAUUGUCACCUUUUAUCUGAACUUUUUGUAGUAUGGUGGAAAGUUUAAUAAAUAGCUACAUAGAGCAAAGAGUGCAGUUGGAAUGGAAAUGGGGGAAGAGAAUUGUAAUCUGACAAUUUAAUUGCUUAAAGGCAUAUUCAAAGAUGAAAGUAAAUACUUCACCUGCAAAUGUUCACAGAAAAAAAAUCUUUUCCUUCAGCUCCCCAAAUUUAAUUUAAAUAUCCAUUAACCUUAUGUGGUAGUUUCAUCCUGGUCAGGGCAACAAUCUUUUUCCCACAUUUAGAUAUGGAUUUGUGGAUUCUUUCCCCUCCCACUCCUUUUUAAAAAAAAACCCUCUGCCUCAAUGCCUAGUAGCUCACAAGUGCACUUCUUUUCUCUCAGUAGAAACUUGGGAGUGCUUCAAGCCAAAGUUAACCAAGAAGAAACUAAAAUGUUUCAGUAAUGUCCUUGUAAACAUCACUAAAAUUGACUGCUGCGGGGUCGUAACCCUAGAGUGUUUCAUGACUUGUUAAUUCAAAGCAAAUAUGCAGGCGUAAAAGGACUGUGAGUUAGUUAUUAAAUUGCCUACUUGACAAAACAGUGAACUAUUUUACUGAAGUGGAAUCAACUGUGUAUUGUUGCACAAAAAUUCUGUCUAGCACUACCUUUUCAGGCCAGUAGUAGCCAUUGAGGACCUUUCUUUCCAUACUUCACUCCCACAAUUUUGAGAAGUGUUUGUAUAAAUUUGAAUUUGAAUUUAGCCUUUAAUGAUUGUAUAUGAACCAUAGAAGACCUGAUUUAGGGCGUUUUGUACUAAAAAGAUUUAAAACAGAUUUGGAAAAAUGAUUGUAUUGUAAACUAAGGCUAAAUUUUUAUCUGUUUCAUGCUUUAAAAAACCAUUUGUAAAGAAAAAAGAAGUUGCAACAGGUUUCCUCUGCUAAUAUUUGCACUGUUCUGGGUUUGUAACUCGUGUACUACUUUUACAGUUGAGGACAUUGUUGAUUUAAAUUCAAGUAUUUCACUCCUCAGGAUUUGGUAUCAGCAUUUGAACCUUAUAAUCUUUGAAUUUACCCAAGUUCCUCUGAUUUAAUUUUUUUACAUGACGUGCCUCAUCAACUUUUUUUAUUUUUUGAGGGGUUUUUUGGAACCAGCACUGCCUGUGCACGCGGAGAAAUCCUGAGCAUCUUCUUUUGAGAUUUUUUUAAAAAAAAUAAAAACUGUUAAGAUUUGUGAGAUUUUAUGAAGACACUUUUGUAUAAGCUCUGUGGCAUUUUUUUUCUUGUGGAGCAAUGAACACCACAUUGUUGAUCAGGUUGGGUACAGUAGGGCACAGAGUAUAACUUCAGCCCAUUGUACCCUAGCACUGCUUCUGUCCCUUUGCACAGUGCUACUUUUCACCAAGGAAAGCUGCAUCAUGUGAGACCAUACACCAUCAAUAUUGUGUGCUUUGAUCUUGUACAGAAGUAGCAUUCCUUGGUAGGAAUUUUAAUGUUCUGAAGCAGUGUAAACUAGAACUGAGCUAUAUUUUGCAUGCAGGUCUUCCAGACAAAGUUUCAAAUCCAUUAUUUUUUUAAAUAGUCAUGAUUUUGUGUUUUUCAGCUGGACCAGAGCUAUAUCUCUACUCUCUGUUCAUUGUGCCAUUGGUAGCAUAUUCUUAAAGCCAAGUGUGCAAGCUUUAGUAGGUUAGCUUUUGCUGUGCUUUUGUUUAAGGUGCUAGGGGGAAGAAGGGGAGCCUUUGGAAUUAGCUUGUACUAUAUUAUGCAUUGAAUGAGCCAGAGGUAUAGUUUGAUCUAGCUUUUUAGUUUCGACUGCAGGCAGAGAGACAAAAGAACACAACAUGACACUAAAAAAAAUUGGACCAGUCUUCAUUCCGGUUUACAGUUAAUGUGGAAUGCAGCUAAGUGGAUUGUGACAAAUUUUAACUGUUUUAAAACAUUUAAUUAAAGACAAAGCACUUAAUUAAGGUGGUGCAGACAAAACCAGAAUGGAAUGAACAAUUUCGGAAAACUCACUAAGUUAAAGAUGUAGUAAAUACCCAUAAUAGAUUUAUGAUGAACCCUUGUCUGGGACCUGCAGUCGUCUUUGUUUGUACAAUUAGCAAACAUGUCCAAUUUAUAAUCAGUAAACUAAUUACUGGUAGUAUUGUUUGUAGUAGAUUUAAUGAGUAGCUUUUUGUAAAGUGUGAAUAAAAGGUGUUUACUCA